AUGUCACUUCCCAAGCGGAUCAUCAAGGAGACGGAGCGUCUCAUGGCAGAGCCCGUGCCAGGAAUCAGUGCCGUCCCUCAUGAGGACAACCUGCGCUACUUCGAUGUCGAAAUUCACGGUCCUACGCAGUCACCAUACGAGAGUGGCAUUUUCAAACUCGAGUUGUUCCUUCCCGAUGACUACCCUAUGAUACCGCCCAAGAUUCGGUUCCUUACCAAGAUCUUUCAUCCCAACGUCGAUAAGCUUGGUCGCAUCUGUUUAGACGUCCUGAAGAACAACUGGUCUCCCGCACUCCAAAUCCGCACCAUCCUUCUCUCCAUCCAGGCCUUACUCGGCGCUCCUAAUCCCGACGAUCCUCUCGCUGCAGAUGUAGCUAAGAGCUGGAAAGAAAACGAACAAGCGGCCAUUGCUACCGCAAAGGAGUGGACCAAAAAAUACGCUCAGCCCAAGGAGGACGGUGUUUCCAAUUGA